UGUAAUUUCACUUUCUCAACACUGCACUACACUUGAAGAUGGAAGCUACUGAUCAGAUGUGUCACCCUUGUUUUGUAGGGCCUCUUCUUCAGAUAAAGCAUGGCUAAUACAGGGGAUGAGACGCUGGAGAUGGCAGCUCUCGGACGACCCUUCCAGCUGGGAAUGCUGUAUGACUGCCGGAAGGAUCGCCUCAUUCCAGGAAUUACUUUGUGGAACCCAGAAGAACUACAAGGCAGCAUAAAUGAAAGAUCCCAGCCGAUAACUGAGUUCAGAGUCACCGCCUCGGACUCCAUUGAAGAGAAGGCUUCUGCUUUGAAAGUGGACACUUCCCUGAAGGCGAGUCUCCUGGGGGGUUUGGUUAAAGUGGGUGGAGCUGCAAAGUACUUCAACGACACACAGAAAUCAACAAGACAAUCCCGAGUCACUCUGCAGUACUACACAACAACACGAUUUGAGAAUCUGACCAUGAAUCACCUGGCCAAAGAGAAAGUGUCUCACCCCAGCGUGUUUGAAGACAAGACAGCGACUCACGUGGUCACCGCUGUGCUGUACGGAGCUCAGGCAUAUUUCAUAUUUGACCAGCAGGUAUCCUCAGAGGAGAAGCAACAGGAAAUCCAUGGAAAAAUGGAGCUUGCAAUAAGUAAAAUACCUAAAAUUAAAAUGGAAGGUCAAGGCUCUAUUGACCUGGAGGGAACAGAAAAAGCUGAAGUUAAAAAAUUUGAAUGUACAUUUUAUGGAGAUUUUCAUCUUGAAUCUAACCCGUUGACUUACCAUGAUGCUGUGAAAGCCUACUCAACUCUUCCAGAAUUGCUCGGGGACAAAGGAGAGAACGCAGUGCCUGUGAAGGUCUGGCUGUACCCGUUAAUCAAGCUGGACUCCAGGGCUGCCAAGCUGGAAAGGAACAUAAGUGACUACUUGGUAACAUCUAUGCAAACUGUUUUAGAGCAAUUUAAUACAAUUGAAAUGCAAAGCAACGACAUGAUAAAAGACAUUGUUACCCAAACGUUUCCUGAAGUCAAUGAGAAGAUUCAACAACUGAAACAAAGCGACACGCAGUACAAGCUGAAUUUCAUGAGCAAACUGUACGCCAUGCUGCCUUCCAUCCGCGGAGGUGUGCAAAAGGAAGAGUCACUCAGAAAGAUUUUAAACAAUCACGAAGAGUCCCCUUUUAACUUUAAAGCACAACAUGCUUGGCUGAACAGCAAAGAAAGAGAAAUCAAUGCAGUGAGACGUUGUCUUACUAUUUUAAAAGACAUACAUGUAUCUUCUGUGAAUGAGCUAGAUGAGGAAGAAUUAAACAAUGAGACUGAAAAUAUUGUUUGCUUUACCUUCACCUCACUGCACGAGCCAGAACCAUAUCUGAAGAUCUAA